AUGCAAGAAAAGCAGUUCAAGGCAGAUGGCCUGGUGGCCACAGGACCCAAGUGCGAGUGGCAAGGAGGCGAGAGGACGAGCCUGGGUGUUCUUCCUUCUGGCCAUCCAGGCUCUCCUGUGAUCCAUUUCAUAUUACUCUUCAGUCGACAAGGGAAGUUGCGGCUGCAGAAAUGGUACACCACUCUCCCGGACAAAGAGCGGAAAAAGAUCACCCGGGAAAUUGUUCAACUCAUUCUCUCCCGUGGCCAGAGGACAAGCAGCUUUAUUGACUGGAAGGAGCUAAAGCUGGUUUAUAAAAGGUAUGCUAGUUUAUAUUUUUGCUGUGCAAUAGAAAACCAGGACAAUGAGCUCUUGACACUAGAGAUUGUGCACCGGUAUGUGGAGUUGCUGGACAAAUACUUUGGAAAUGUGUGUGAGCUGGAUAUCAUCUUUAAUUUUGAGAAGGCGUAUUUCAUCCUGGACGAGUUUAUCAUAGGCGGAGAAGUUCAGGAAACCUCCAAGCAAUCGGCUGUGACAGCCAUAGAAGACUCUGAUAUGUUACAGGAGGUUGGUGCCAGGUUGACGGCCCAUGACAAUGGAGGAAUACAUGAGCAAGCCUACGUUUUAACCCUACGUCUACUCGAAGACCCGAGGGGCUGCAUAUUGCGCACCUGCAGAUGCAGCGUCUUGCAUUGCGCUCGUUGACAGCGCCUCUGGCAUCUUGCCAAAAAUAACUGAAAGGGAUCGUAAACUAGCAAGAUGAACAGUUGUUUAACAUAUUUAUAUUUACUGCAUUUCUGGAUUAAAAAAUGCUGCAAGCUCAAUGGACUGAAUGUUUCUUUGUAAUGAUUAUACCUCUUGAUAUUUUUCAGCGUUUUGAUAAACUAGUUGCAAUAUAUAUUUUUUUGCUAGCUUUGAUCCUUUCCUAAAGGUUGAAAUCUAUGUUGGUUUGAUUCGUGAUUUUGAGUAUAAUACAUAUCUUUUAUCAUGACACCUUUUCUGUAUAUUUCACUUUCUGAUUUUAUGGAAAGUUCAAUAAUUUACUGUGCUUACAUAAUACUAAUUUCAAUAUAGAUAAAAGGUA